AGAAAGCGAAUGACCGCCCUGGCCUCCAGGGUCCCGGGAGGGUGAGGGUAGGUCUGCUCACACUGGCUUCGACAGGGAUCCUGGGGGGAGUUUGUCUCCUAUCUGUGAUUGCCCUUGAGCCAGAAGCACAGGAAAGCUCCCCUGUCAGUGCCUGCGGCCGCGGACCCAGCGUCCUCCGAGGUAACUUCACAGAAGCUCAGAAGGAACCACAGAGACCAUCUGAUACAAUCCACGUCAUCCUCUCUGCAACAUACCCAACAAAUGAUCAUCCUAGCUUUGCUUUAACUUCUCCAACAAGGCCACACAAUACUUGCAAAUGACCACCAAUAAUCUACUGAUUGUUCUGUGAGAACCACUGACCUAGUGCAGUACCCAUCGUCUCUAAAGGAGCUGAAAUCAACAACCACUAUUCAUCAAAAUGCAGUGGAAUUUAAUACGGACUGUCUCUCGAAUGGCAAAUAGGACAUGUUUAGUCUCACAUGGGGCUGGUUCUAUUGGGCAGUCUCAGAGAAUAAAAGGAGUCUUAUAUAAAGCUUGGCCCAAGAUUAUUUUGGUUCAGUGUCCUCAAAACCACUGGCUACAUGUAUCUUCUACACAGCAUAUCUCAAAGGAAAAGAAGGCAGUAGAUGUUUCUCACCAUAAGCAACAAAAAGAAGAAACUUCAUCAGAGGUGGUUAUAUCAUCCCAAGGAACCGAGAAAAAGGAAGAUAUUGAUCCUUUACAAGACAAAUCUAGUAAUCUUUUUCAGCGAUUUAAGAAAACAUUUAGACAAUAUGGAAAAGUUAUGAUUCCAGUACACUUAGUGACUUCCAGUAUUUGGUUUGGAACAUUUUAUUAUGCAGCCUCAAAAGGAGUGAAUGUUGUUCCUUUUCUGGAACUCGUUGGGUUACCAGACAGCAUAGUGGAUAUUUUGAAAAAUUCCCAAAGUGGAAAUGCAUUAACUGCAUACGCCCUGUUUAAGAUUGCAACACCUGCCAGAUACACUGUGACUUUGGGAGGAACAUCCAUCACUGUCAAGUAUCUUCGUAGCCGUGGCUUCAUGUCAACACCACCUCCAGUUAAAGAGUACUUACAAGACAGAAUGGAGGAAACAAAGGAGCUUAUUACAGAAAAAAUGGGAGAAACAAAAGAAAGACUCACAGAAAAAUUACAGGAAACCAAAGAAAAAGUUUCAUUUAAGAAAAAAGUGGAAUAGGAAGUCUUGUGUGCCAGGCCACAGAAAAAUCACGCACUUUAACCCUGAGGAGACUACGGACAAAAACACUUCCUCCUAAUUAUACCUUUGGUUAGCAGUCUUGAAAUACUAGUGCUCCAAGGGUUAAAGAGGCCAAAAAACUUUUUUACAGUUAAAUAUCACUAGAAAAAUCAGUGUUUUCGUGCAAAGAAAAAAUGAAUCCAAUGUACUAAUUUCAUAUCAGCAGCAGCAUAAGUAAUGGUUAUUGUUUUAUGUCAUGGUGAUUUCUCAAAAUCUUCAUUAUCUUUCUUGCUGAUAGUUUUACUGCCUGCUGCAAUAAUGACAGACUAAGCAGUUUACUUCUUAUAUAAGAAAUUUCUCUCAUAGAAAGUAUGGCUCUAUUGGGAUCAUGAUCUUCAUGUUAUCCAUCAGUUAGACUUAACCAUAAUCAGUUCUCAACUUGGAAAGCUCUUAGCACCAUUUUUGCCAGUAAAUGAGGGUGUUUUUUAAUGGUUUCUCAAAAAUCUCAGAAGUCUUUCACUGUUUAAAAAAAAAAACAACAAGAUUAGGCCAUUCUAAUAACUAUCUAACAGUUAAAACUUUAAUUUUUUAUGAAGUAAGUUGAAUUAAAAUUGAGACUAUGUAUGUAAUAAAAGUGAAAUAUGCUGAUUAUAUAUA